CGUCUCGCGAGAUUAUAGAUCCAGCAGCGGUUACCUGGCAACGCAGAGACUCCAACCGCAGCAACUCGUGCACCUGCAGCCAUGGAAGGGGACAGAGACGAAUUCUACCUGGAACACAUUACCAUCACUGAGGGAUCUGAAGAUGGCUACCAAUAUGAAGAGAUCCCACCUGAUGAUGACUUCAGCUUACCAGAUGGAGAUGAGGACCUUGUAAAAGCAGUGCAGACCAUUGAAGAACAGGCUGAAGAUCUUCAGUCACAGAGAUCUCCAGUCUCUUCUCAGCGAGCUGCAUCUCACAAACCUGAAGUGGUGGACGAUUUUCUGCGCAAUUUUCUGAUUAAAAUGGGGAUGAUGAAAACCUUGGAGUGCUUUCAAACAGAAUGGUAUGAAAUGAUGCAGAAAGGUCUCCUCCAGCCAGAAGCUGUUGGUUUCGUCCCAGAUGUUUAUGCUCACAACCAGAUGUUGGAUACCGAGAUAAAGAGUUUAAAAAAAGAAGUAGAGACGUACAAGCUGGCUGCAAGCAAGGCGAAAGAGUCGAUGAUAAAGCUGCAAAAAGAGCGUGAUUUCCACAGGAUGCAUCAUAAGCGUGUGGCCCAGGAGAAAAACAAACUUAUUAAUGACAUUAAACGACUGAAGGUUCAUUAUGCGUCUUAUGAGCCACUGCUGAGGCAGCUGCAUGAGAAGUACCAAACUGUUCUGCGACAGAAGAUGCUGACCAGCCUGGAGAGGGACCGAGCUGUUGGAGAGGUGACUGGUCUGCAAGCUACACUAAGGAAUUUUGAAUCUGGUCAUAAAAUUGAGCUUCCUGUGAAAAAAGAUGAAGUCAAACACAAGAAGGAAGAUGUUCCUUCCCAGAAAGCUAUUCAAGAGGCUCGAGAGAAGGAGCUCCUACAGGAAGGGGUUGCUUCAUAUAACCCAGAGAAGGACCCAAAUAACCUUGUAGGAAAGAGACAUCCAAAGGACUCAGAAUUCCCUCCUGAUACCAGAGUAAAUCCUCGUUUGGCUCAGCUGAAGGGGAAAAGUAGCCAUCUCCUGAAGACAAAUGGGUACAACCUGAGCAACACUCUGAAAGCACAUGAACUGGCAGUCAGCAGUGUGGCCCUACAUCCUCGUAAGGAAAUACUGGUGACAGCCAGUGAUGAUCGACUCUGGAAGAUGUGGUCUAUCCCCAGUGGAGAGAUAAUUAUGACUGGCGAAGGGCACACUGACUGGCUUUCAGGUUGCUGUUUCCAUCCAAAUGGCACCAAGCUAGCAACAUGUUCAGGUGACACAACUGUUCGGAUCUGGGAUUUUGCCAAGUCAGAGUGUAUCCUGACAUUGGAAGGGCAUACACAUGCAGUGUGGGGUUGCUCCUGGCAUACUUGUGGUGACUUCCUAGCUUCCUGUUCCUUGGACAACAACAGCAAGAUAUGGGAUCUUAACAGUGAGCGGUGUAGGUACACCAUGAGAGGCCAUGUGGACUCUGUCAACAGCAUUGAGUUUCUUCCAUACUCCAACAUUGUGCUCACCAGCUCUGCAGACAAGACUUUGUCCUUGUGGGAUGCUAGAAUGGGUGUGUGCGCUCAGACCUUCUACGGUCACCUCCAUUCCUGUAAUUGUGCCACAUUUAACAUGAAGGGAGACACCAUUGCAUCCUGUGAUUCUUAUGGCGUUCUGAAGCUGUGGGAUGUGCGUAAAGUGUCAGUGAUGCUCUCAAUUGAUGCAGGACCUCACCCAGGAAAUCAGGUGGCCUUUGAUCCAUCAGGUCAACUGGUGUCCCUGGCUAGCAAUGAUGGAACCGUCAAGAUUCUGGCAUUGACAUCUGGACAACUGACCAGCCUAGAAGGUCACGAAGAUGAUGCUCAGUGUGUGAUCUUUGAUCAUAAAGGGGAUUUUCUCAUCUCAGGAGGCUCUGAUGGCACCGUCAGAUUUUGGUCUUAAAGCAGAGCACAUUUUAAUGUAAUCUAAAAUACUGCAAGCAUGACUGCUGCUGGGAUUCUUAUGUUGCAAGCCAAACAUGAUUUAUCUUUGAGUAGUUUAAUAAAGAUUUAUUGGAAAGGUG